AAACGCAACUCCGUAGAGUGACCAUCUUGAUUGGGUCAAACUGUGGCGUGAUGUCACCCAGGGUAAUCUCCAAUCACCAGCGACCCUCCCCGUCUCCUUUGCAGAAGUCACUAUAAUUGAAGAGGUGCGUUUCCCUGGUUUACUUUGCUUUCCUGCCAGUCACCAUGCCCGAGCCCGCCAAGUCCGCGCCGGCCCCGAAGAAGGGCUCCAAGAAGGCGGUGACCAAGGCGCAGAAGAAGGACGGCAAGAAGCGCAAGCGCAGCCGCAAGGAGAGCUACUCGGUGUACGUGUACAAGGUGCUGAAGCAGGUGCACCCCGACACGGGCAUCUCGUCCAAGGCCAUGGGCAUCAUGAACUCGUUCGUCAACGACAUCUUCGAGCGCAUUGCGGGCGAGGCGUCGCGCCUGGCGCAUUACAACAAGCGCUCGACCAUCACGUCCAGGGAGAUCCAGACGGCCGUGCGCCUGCUGCUGCCCGGGGAGCUGGCCAAGCACGCCGUGUCCGAGGGCACCAAGGCCGUCACCAAGUACACCAGCUCCAAGUAAACGUGCCAAGUAAGCGUCUCCUUCCCUAA